GGUGUUUCUAUUAUUUUAUUAAAAAAUACAACAAAUAUAGUAAAAAAAUCAGGAUGAAAUAAAUACAAUUUAUGGUUAAGAAUAGCGUAGCCAAAAAACCUAUUACUCAGAUAGUUGGUUUGAUGUGAAAUGUGCCUCAUAAUUGUUUUUAUAACUGAAAAAAAAUUACUUUAGCCAAGAAAAUUUGUAAGGAAGGCUGAAGUUCUUUGAGCGCAAGAAGAAAAUUUCUUAGCUCAAGAAAAUUCUACACCUCUUCAGAAAUUUGAAAUUUACUCCAGAAAUUUUCACUCUUUCUUAAAAUUUUCUUGGAUCAAGAAAAUUUACGCUUGUCAACGUUUCCUUCUUUUCUGUGUACAUUUUUACUUUUACUUUUACAUUUUGUAAGACAACAAGUCUUACAUCCUGAUAAAGAUAAUUGAGGUGACUAAUUUUUAGUAUGUCGCUAAUAAGCAGACAAUUUUCAUUAUAUCUAUUUCGCAAGGCUGACAAUUUUUAAUAUGUCGCCAAGCUGUCAAUUUUUAAUAUGUCGCUAAGCUGACAAUUAUUAAUAUGUCGCUAAGCUGACAAUUUUUAUUAUAUCCAUGUCGCAAGGCUGACAAAUUUUUAAUAUGUCGCUAAGCAGACAAUUUUCAUUACAUCAUGUCGCAAGGCUGACUGAUUUUUAUCAUGUCGCUAAGCUGACAAUUUUCAACGUGUCGCAAUGCAAAUAAUUUUUUUUGAGUGAAAAUAAGAUGCGUCGUUGACAGAACUAUUUUAUAUUACUUAAUAUACAAUGAAAUAUUACUUCCGGGAUUAUUUUGAAUUUUUUUCAAUAGAAAAAAAAAUAAAACAUACUAAUAAUAGAUAUAUCUAUGGUUAGAUUAAAUUACAUUUCUCAUGAUAUGCCAAAAAAUUUAUCAGUUUCAACGAAGCUCCUGAAUACGACUAGUCCGACAAAUCAAUUUUUGAAUGUGACAACAAUAACGAAUAUCAAUAUGAUACAACACUGAAAAAUUAGUAUUUAGGCAAGAUGGCUAUUGGAAUAAUUAAAAAAUUAUGCAACCGGCAAAUAUAUAAUGUUAGUUAGUAAGAUACCCUCCUCCGCCCUCUUACCACCACAAUGAAAUUUCUUCUAAUCUUAAUUAAUGUCUCAUUGUAUUAUUAUAUAGUAUAGAAUCGUCAGAAAUAUAGAGUCAAAUAAUAAAUUGCUUUGAGCUAUGCUUGAUUCAGUGACAUUCAUGUUCGAAAGUGACCAGGACGUUGUAAUUAACAAUAAGAAGCGGCAUCAGAAAGAUGACAAUAUUGUUAAUGAGCGGGUUGGUGAGGAUUUAAUUGAUACUAAGGCAGAAUUAAAAGGUCCUGAAAUUCAGGACAUAAAUCUUCAUAGAAGAAUGAAGAAAUUGGAGAUGGAAAUGCAUCGGUUGAGGAAAUGUGUAGGUGAAUGGAGGGAGGAGACAAGAGAAUUGAACGUUACAAUCAAAUCAUGGAUGAAUUUGUCGACUCAUAGUCAACAUUCACAAGGUCGCCCGACGUUCUUACCGAAUUAUCAACCGACAUUUCCAUCUCCACAACUUUCACCUUGA